CCCUCCCUCUGCAGCCUCACCGUUCAGGAAGUUAUUCCUCACCGUCCCCAGAUCCGGAGAAUAGAGGAAUCCGGAGUUAAUCCGGUUUAAACCGCGCAGAUCUGAACGCGGACGGGAUUCGCGCAGUGUUUUAUUACUGGAUCUAUUUAUUAACGCGGUGCUGCUGCGGUCUGAGAGCGUUUAUUACCGGAUUUAAAAUCCUGGAGCUGAUUUUCCUCCAUUCCAGACCAGCCAGGCAACUCCCCGCUAGUUUCAGCAUCUGAUUCUGUUUAAUUCGGAUUAUUAUCCAGAUCAGGAAUCUGCUGCGAUGGGAUGCUGCAGCAGUGCAGAGAAAAAGGUGGACUGGAAGCCUCUGGAGGAGCGGCGGUGCACUGAUAUACCAUGGCUGAUUCUUUUCGCCCUGUUUAACGUUGGAAUGCUCUUCAUUUGUGGUUUCGCCAUCUCAACCGGAGCAGCUUCCAGACUCGUAUCAGGCUACGACAGCUACGGCAACAUCUGCGGCCAGAAGAACACAGAGAUCCCGGGGAUCGAGCUCAGUGGCCGGGACCAGACCUUAAAUAAGUAUGUGUUUUUCCUGGACCCGUGCAACAUUGAUAUUGUGAGAAGGAAGAUCAAGUCUGUAGCGCUCUGCGUCUCCAGGUGCCCGGAGGCAGAACUCCAAACUUAUGCUGAUCUCAGAAAAUUUGCAAAUACCAACGGGUCUCGGUUGUGCUCUUAUGAAUUGGACCCCAACAGAUAUGAUGAUCCAAACAGCGCUACAAAAUGUCCCAAACUUCCAGUCCCUCCAAGUAAGUCUUUGCCAGUGUUUAACCGCUGCACGCCGGCGGAUAUCUCCUGCUACGCCAAGUUCGCCGAGGCGCUCAUCACGUUCGUCAGUGAUAACAGCGUGCUGCACCGGGUCAUCGCUGGUGUGAUGACCUCAAAGGAGAUCAUUAUGGGGCUGUGUCUGCUAUCACUAGUUCUGUCUGUGAUUCUGAUGGGAGUGAUCCGCUAUAUCUCAGCAAUCCUCGUGUGGCUGCUCACGGCUGUCGUGGUGCUCGGCUCCCUGGGUGGUACUGGGGUUCUGUGGUGGCUCUACGUGGAUCACCGGGUAUCUGCCAACUCCACUCUGCCCGCCCCCGAACUGCAGGUGGCUAAAGACAAUGAGAAAGCACUGCUGAUCUACGCUGUAGCAGCUACCAUCUUCACGGCGGUCCUACUGCUGCUGAUGUUCUUCAUGAGGAAGCGGGUGGCCCUGACCAUCGCUCUGUUCCGCGUGGCCAGUAAUGUGUUUGGACACCUGCCCCUGCUGGUUCUCCAGCCUUUCUGGACCUUUCUGACCCUCAUGAUGUUCUGGGUUUACUGGAUUACUGUGCUGCUGCUACUGGGAACAGCAGGAAAUCCAAUAAAGAACAAUCAGACCGGACUGGCGGAGUUUAAGAUGGACGGGCCGAUGCAGUACAUGGUGUGGUAUCAUGCGGUCGGGCUCAUCUGGAUCAGCGAGUUCAUCCUGGCCUGCCAGCAGAUGACGGUAGCGGGGGCGGUUGUAAUAUACUACUUUACCAGAGAUAAAUCUCAGCUCCCCAUUACGCCCAUCCUGUCUGCAGUGAUACAGCUGAUGCGCUAUCACCUGGGCACGGUGGCAAAAGGAGCCUUCAUCAUCACGCUGGUGGAGAUCCCUCGCCUCACCCUCAGCUACAUCAGCACCCAGCUCAAAGGCAGUGAAAACGCCUGCGCUCGCUGCAUGCUGAAAUCUUGUGUCUGCUGUUUGUGGUGUUUAGAGAAGUGCCUCAGCUACCUGAAUCAGAAUGCCUAUGUAGCCACAGCCAUUAACAGCACCAGCUUCUGCACGUCUGCCCGAGAUGCCUUCAUCAUCCUCGCUGAGAACGCUCUCCGUGUCGCCACCAUCAACUCGGUGGGAGACUUUGUCCUGUUCCUGGGAAAGGUCCUGAUUGUGUCGUGCACGGCGUUUGCAGGCGUUUUGGCUCUGAAUUAUCAGCGAGAAUACACAGUGUGGGUGCUGCCGCUCAUCAUAGUGUGUCUGUUCGCCUUUUUGGUGGCCCACUGUUUCCUCUCUAUCUUCGAGAUGGUGGUGGACGUGCUGUUCCUCUGCUUCGCCAUCGACACCAAGUACAAUGACGGCAGCCCAGGCAGCGAGUACUACAUGGACAAAGCCCUGAUGGAGUUUGUGGAGAGCAGUAAAAAGGCUGUGGCUGAGGGGAAGCGAGCAGCAGGAGGAACCAGCACGGAAAUGAAGCCCAUGACUCAUGGUGGGACGUUGGCGUGAUGCAGCCGGAUAUCCGACACCAUUAAUGCCUCCAAUAGGUGCUGGUGAUGAUCUUCACUCCAGGGACGUUUUUCCUCACUGUGUGCUUUAAUUACAGAGCAAGUUCAGAAUUAAGCACCCGUGAGGCAUCUAUGCAUACUUACUUGAUAGCCUUUUUGUAUAAAUGAACAUCCAGCAUCUUUUAGCAAUAAUGGUUUUGUAUAUUUUUGGAAAUGUACUUAAGUCGUUUUUGUAAAUCAGGUAUUUUAGUUACAAAAAGCUGUUACCUGUUCUUUUUAUUCAAUUACUGUCAUGUAUUUUUAUACUGCAUUUCGUUUUGAUGUUGAGCCAUGUGUGGCCAUAUAUGAUUUCCUCCUCAAAUCAUCGGCAGCUUUAACUGAUCAUAAUCAGAUGAGCAAUAUUAAUAAUAUUCCUUAUGCUGAGAUUAGCUUUAUUAUUAUACCUGUAAGAAAAAAAGAAAAGAUUUAGCUGAUAGCAGAUUAUGGUCAUAGUCAAUAGAGAAAUGAUGACGGUCAUAGGACAUAUAAAGAUUAAUACUGAAUAUAUAAGAGUGUAUUAUUAAAUAAGAAGGGAUUUAACUUGAAAUUUGCUGGAAAAAGAGAAACUGAACAAUGUAGUAGUGGCUUCUAUUAGACCUACAGCAGUUACUG